UUGCAUACCAACCCUUUAUUAUCUGACAGCUAUAUAAACGGCAGCUAUCAUCUUUUCUCACCAUUCUCUUCCACGUCAUCACAAUGCUGUCAGUCACGUUCCUGGUCACUGGCGGAAUCUGCGUCGUUUUGGCCUGUAUGGUCAUUUCUCUUAUCCUGCGAUCCCGGCGCGAUGUCCACCUACCGCCUGGCCCUACCCCGCUGCCUAUACUUGGGAACUCCUUGGUCCUCGUACCUACGGACAAGCUAGCAGUGUACAAACGGCUUCGGGCUGAGUUUGGAGACAUCGUCUGCCUGACAUUUGGAACAACGAAAUGUGUCAUCUUCAGCGGGUAUGACCUUAUCCGUGAAGUUUUUGUCAAGAAAGGUGAUGCGACAACGAACAGACCUCCUCAGAGCUUCUUCAUCAAGUCGAUACAGAAGGGAUAUGGUGUUGGUGGGAGUUCUGGUAAUUUGUGGAAGGAACAUCGGACAUUUAUAUUAAAUUUCCUGAGGAAAUCAUUUCGCAGAGAGAGACUCGAAGGCUUAAUAGAGCACGAAGUCACUCAUUAUAUCAAGCGCAUCCACGAUGCAAACGAAAAGCCAAUGGAACUUCGCAGGAUUAUUGGAACAAGUCUUACAAACGUUACAUUGACAUUAGGUAUGAGCAAGCGUUUUGAGCACGAUGAUGCUAGACUGAUUCAACUUUUAAAAGCUAUAGAUGAUAUCAUGCUAUACUCUGGGUUUUCGGAAGCCCUUUGCUUUUUUCCUGCGCUCAAAUACCUUCCCGGUGACAUGUUCCAUGCUCAAUCAAUGCUAGAUGAUAAAGAGGAUAUUUUCAAAUGGCUGAAAGAAUUGAUCGACGAAAGACCUGGAGGCGUUCCGGAACACGAAGACGACAUCGAAGAUUUUAUCGACGCCUUCAUGCUUGAAGCCAAAUCACAGGAGGGGGACACAACAUACACGGAGCACCAGCUACUCCAUGUCCUGUUUGAAUUCUUCGUGGCCGGCGUUGAGACUUCCGGCGCAACCAUCAGAUGGGCUGUCAUGUUCAUGCUUCACAACAAAGACGUACAGGAUAAAUUGGCGGAUGAAAUCAUAUCAAAUCUGGGUUACGAACGAACACCGACAAUGGCGGACCAUCCGCACCUCAACUACUGUCAGGCAUUCAUUUCGGAGGUUCAGCGAUGCGGAAAUGUAGCUCCCCUUUCCGGGCCACAUUCGGCCAGCAAGGACUUCUACGUGAAUGACUAUCUCAUUCCAAAGGGGGCUACUCUGCUCAUGAACCUCACUUCCGCUUUAAAGGAUCCGAAGUACUUUGACGACCCGGAAGCAUUUAGACCGGAACGAUUUCUUGACAGCGAAGGAACAUAUGUUGUUCAAAACAGCUUAAUUCCGUUUUCAAUUGGACGCCGCAUUUGCCUGGGCAAGGACUUAGCUAAGAUUGAACUGUUCCUCUUCAUAACCAGCAUGGUACAGAACUUUGAGUUUUUGCCGGAGGAUCCGAACACUUUACCAGAGAUCCUGGGCUGUGACGGUAUAUCUCACGGACCUGUUACCUUCAAAUUCAUUGCAAAGAGGAGGAGACCAGUUAAAAUGUAAACUAUAUUUCCGUAAAUGUCCCUCGGGCAGGGACGUUACAGUCUAACGUUAGUGGCCCUCGGGUAGGGACUUUACAGCCUAUAUUUAAUAUCCCUCGGGUAGGGACGUUUCAGUAUACCCACUUGUAUUUUUCCCCGUUUUUGGAGAUAUUGAGAUACUAAUCUAACCAAUAUUUGUUCAUGUUUCUUGCCUUAGUCAACUAGUUUGUGCAUA